AUGGAGGAUGAGAAGUUACCAAAGACCAUUGAGGAUGGCAAUGCAAAGAUUCUGAAUGCCGAUAAAGGCCACGAUUUACUAGAUUCAACGCACAUGACCACCAAAGAGUAUACCAUUGCACUCAUGGUCUUCUUAGUGGCAUAUUCCAUCUUCGAGGCGCCGAGCAAUCUCGCCGCAAAGGCUCUCCAGCCUAAUUACUGGCUGGGCUUCUUGGUCAUUGGCUUCGGAGCCUUUUGCACAGCCAUUGCCGGAGCGAAGAGCUUUGCUAGCACUUCCGCACUUCGAUUUUUCCUGGGUGCUUUCGAGGCCGGUAUAUUUCCUGGAAUGGUGUUUUUCAUGAGUUUCUGGUAUAAAGCGGAAGAGCGGGCAACUCGGAUUGCAUUGUUUCUUUGUAGCGCUACGUUAGCUGGUGCAUUUGGCGGUGCCAUCGCAUUUGGGGUUGGACAUCUGGAUGGCAGAGCUGGACUAGAAGGUUGGCGAUGGCUAUUCAUUGUCGAAGGCGUUCCCUCCAUUGCUCUUGGAAUCUUGACAUUCUUAUUCAUGCCAAGUUAUCCGGAAAAGGCCAACUGGCUUACCGAAGAGGAAAAGGCCAUCCAAGUGCUACGCCUCGGUGUAAAUUCGUCUCACGGUGCCGCAAAACUCAACUGGGAAGACGCAAAGGCGACCCUCAAAGACGUCAGAUUAUACGUGCACUACGUAACAUAUUUGUGCAUCGGUGUUGGCGUCUCUUCGCUAUCACUCUUUGCCCCUACAAUUGUCGCUGGUCUUGGGUACAAGAACCUUCAGGCCCAACUCUUUACUAUCCCUCCCUAUGCAGUGGCUUAUGUCGUCACUCUCGUCUUGGCCAUGAUAUCUGACCGUCAGAGGACAAGAGGUCUCGUGGCGGGCGGGUGCUUUCUCUUUGGGACCAUUGCUUUCAUCAUUCAAGCUUGUUUACCAGGCCAUCUCUUCGCUGCUCGUUAUGCUAUGCUUUGCAUUAGUACCGCCGGUGUCUUUGCCGGUCUGCCUCCACUAUGCGCCUGGAUCUCAGACAAUGUGCGGACUACCACCGCUGGGUCUCUGGCUACGGGACUCAAUAUUGCUUUUACGGGGCCUGGUCAGAUCAUAGGUGUUUGGAUCUACCGAGCGCAAGAUGCGCCUUUUUACCGCUUAGGACAUGGAAUCAAUGCAGGUUUUCUAGCUGUGGGGACUGUUUUGAGUUUCUCUUUGUGGUGGCAUUACACCAGAUUGAACAGGAAGCUGGCGGGUACCAGUGAGCCUAGAUGGGUCGCCUAG